AUGGCUUUAGCCCUAGAACGUCGUUGCGUAUCAGCUGCAUAUGCACUAUUUAUCUUCAGAAAUCUUCUGGAUCUUGCUAUAUCAACUUGUACAGAUUAUCAUCAAAACCCGAUGAAUUCAUUCUGGUUCGAUCUUUUAGACAGUUUUGAACAAACCAUAUUGAUCAUUAUAUUUACAUACUCAUUGUUAAUAUAUUUUUACAUAAGCCGUGGUUCUUUCAAAGAAACUUUAUAUUCAUAUAUCUGUGGGGAUUAUGUUGAUGCGAUUUUUUUUACAUCAUUUUGUGUUAUUCUCAAUCUAGCGCAAAAUCCUGUUCACGCAUGUAUUUCCAGUGAUCGUCUGGAAGAGUUUUUUGCAGAUCGCAGCAAUCGAUUAUUACCACUAGAAGUCGCUGUAUAUAAUGAUAACGAUGAUGAUUUUGAAUUAGAUGUAGAUUAUUAUCAUGUUCGGUACAAAAACGUACGCUUAUAUCGUGUACGCAGUGGUAGAAAAAAGAUUCCGAAUGUCAAGAAUACAACAAUGGCUUUGAAUAGUGAAACAUUAUCAAGCAAAGAAAAUAUUCCACUGCAGCAACGAAUUAUAUUUUCAUCAAGACAUGGUUAUCUUGUCAAAAAUAUUUAUAAUAUUGAUCAAAACUUCAUUUGUCAAUCAUGUCAUCUAGUUUUUCGGCAACCUUUUCAUCUUCGUUGUGGACAUCGACAGUGUCAAACAUGUUUAAACACACAAAAGAACAAUAUUAUUCAUUGUAUCUUAUGUUCUCAAUCUUCUACAAUUGAUGAAAUUUAUUAUGAUGAAAAAUUUCAAAAUCAGUUGGAAUAUUUAUUAAUAUCUUGUCCAGUUUGUGAUUGGAAAGGACGAAUGAAAACAUAUGAAAAACAUCUUGAACAUAAUCAUUCAAACAAAUUAUUUACACGUGCGUUUUGCAAAGAAGAAGUUAAUCAAAGUAAAGUCUGGGAACAUUACUUGACUUCGUCACAUCAAUUAAUAUUGUUAAACAUUCUCUGUAAUUUACAGAGAAAAUAUGAUCAAAACCAGAAAGUGAAAUUUUCUAAAAUUCUCGAUUCGCUCAAUAUGACAUCAAAUGAAAUAACUGCGCUCGAUAAUAGUUUGCAACAAAUAAAAUGUGAAGAUCACCUUCAACACAACACACUUCAACCGUAUGAUUCUGAAAUACUUUUAUUGCAAUUUUUAAGUAAAAAUAUUGAGAAUGAAUUGAAUCGAAUGAAAACUAUUCAAGAUUUCUUUCCACGAGAAAUAUUGCUAUUAAAACAGCAAUUCAAUGCAAAACAAUUGACAGUUUUCGAUGGAAUAUUAAUUUGGAAAAUCAAUGAUGUCAAACAAAAACUAUAUGAUGCCUUGUCUGAAAGACAACGAUCAAUUUAUUCUGCUGAUUUUUAUUCAUCGAUUUAUGGUUAUAGAAUGCGUGCAAGGUUAUUUCUUAAUGGAAUUAAUACUGCUCGAAACACACAUAUGUCAAUAUUCUUUGUCUUGAUGCGUGGUGAAUAUGACGCAAUUUUGACAUGGCCCUUUCAUUUUAAGAUUAGAUUUUCUCUAAUUACCAAAGAUAAUCAACAUCAUUUUACCAGUUUCGUUUGGUCUGAUGUCAAAUCUGUCUGUUUUCAACGUCCACGUUUAGCAAUGAAUGAAGCUUAUGGUAUUGAAAAGUUUAUAUCUCUUGUGAAAUUUAAACAAAAUCAAAAUAUUUAUGCGCAAGAUGAUACAAUGUUCAUUAGAGUUGAAGUCGAUUUUCUAAGCAAACCACAAGAAUUCCAGUCCGAUUUGGGUGAAAUGUUAAUUGUGGAUGAACAACAUACAGAUUCAAUUCAUGACGACUUAAUGCGCAAAGUUUUAAUUUCGAAUGAAAAUGCAAAUACAUUUUAG